UAUAUAUGGUGAUCAUUGAGGAGAAAAUUCCUUUACAUAACCUCAAUCAAACUAGCGUGAAAAUCGUACUAUCGACACUAAUCAAAAUGCAUUCCAUUACGGACAGUCCGGGUUCUAAAGCCCUCGAAGCUGCUAAAAAUAUUAAGGACUUGGCUGUAUUCAAAAAGCCUAUCGGACCUGUUAAGAGGAGCAAAAGUACACAACCAAAGAUUUUAGAUGAAGACACAUAUAUCGAAAAAAUGAGCGACAUUAUACAAAAAGAUUUCUUUCCGCACUUGGAAAAGCUACAGGCACAAAAUCAGUAUUUAGAUGCUUUAGAGCAGAAUGAUAUGAACAGAAUGAGAGAGUUAUACGCAAAAUAUAGCUCUGGUCAACCUGUCACUGAAAGGCCAAUCAGUCCAGCGACUUUCGAAACCCCAUUGCGCAGAGCUGAGUCAGAUGAAUCGCCGCCUACCACUGAAGCAUUGUCUCAAAAAACGUCUGUUGAGUCCAUAAAUAGGGAUGAUAAUGAAAAUAAGAUCGGUCUGGAUGAUUAUUUGAGUACUCACACGAGUGAGGAUAAUGCUAGUUUUGAAGAGAUGAUGGUUGAGGCUGAAAACAAACGUAAGCUCAAGUACGCCUGGCUUUAUGAGGCAGAAGAGAAGUCGAAAGCGUGGCUUGCUAUAGACGGACCCGUCACUAACGUCCCAGCUAUCGAAUCGAAUCUCAGACCCAAACAAGUGGACAGUUGGGCUUAUAAAAAUAAGAAUUACAUUAUGUACAUUCCCGAUGGAGUUGAACUUACAGCGAAAGAGAAAAUAGAAUUGGCCAAGAAGAAACAGACUAUAAUGCACGAAAAUACGAGGUUGCGAACAAACCCAUUCAAUGAGCAACAGAAUAAAGAGACCAUUGACGAACUCGCCAAGUCACAAUCCAAAGCUAACGACGGCAAGAUUGGUGUGGAUGGUAAAGAAGUUGUCAGAAAUGCGACGCCACGAGUGAAUGGUUUUAGUUUUGUGGCUACGCCAAGUCCAAGACCGGGAGAAUGCGAAAGUCCAUUGAUGACAUGGGGUCAGAUCGAAGGGACACCUUUCCGAUUAGAUGGUGGUGACACACCAUUAUUAAGGACGAAUCAGGGACCCUCUUUCAGAAUAGCAGAACCACCGAAAAGAGAACAGCUGGCAUUGCAGUUGGCUGAGAAGGCUGGUGAGAGAUACAGGGAUCGAAAAAAUAAAGCCUUAGAAGCUGCCAGGAGAUCAUUAGCAACUCCAUCACCGAGAUCAACCAUAGAUCGUCUGAGCACGAUGUCUCCUGCAGCAAGAAGAUUAGCCACCCAGAGACUGCGCGUAUUGAAUACGCCAUCUCCUCGGCGAACGCCAUUGUCCAGGACUUCGUCUGUAGGAGGCAUCAAGACACCUAAUACACCACGUGCGAACGUAUCGGUUAAAGAAAUCACCUCUCAGAAAUCGGAAACUAAUUCCACGCGGAUACAAGGACCUGUACUCACCGAUAACUUACUUAAUCUACCUCCGCAACGACAACGAGCAUCAGAUUUCUUUAAUAAAUGAGAAAAUUUAUGUCUGAACAUUUGUAUGUAGAACGAUCGCACAUGAGAUUGUAUAUUCGAACGACAUACAUCAGUACAUCAAAGUAUAGCAUCGAUCGAAUUUGUUUAUCUACAUUAAAAUAACAUUAAAGAGACAGUCAUGUGUAUAUGUAUAUUGUGUAAAUAAUGUAAUUAUGUAGCUUUUGUAAUAUAACUAGCACGCAGCGCGCGCCUUUCAUAUCUUUCGUUUAUUAAUAUUAUUUUGAUUAUUUUAAAUAUUAAAUUAAUUGUUUUUUUGCUAAU